UUACAAACCGCUGGGCAUGCGAAAGAUCAACAGAACGUUAACAGCAGUGCGUCUUUGGACGCUGAAUCGUCAGUUGAAGCCGCGCCCAGCGGUCCUAAUGCUCCAGCUCAAGGCCAAGUUCCUGCUGAUCAAGUGGCACGUUAUCGAGCGGGGCACGAUUGCGAAGGCUCGAGGUGUGUUUGCCAACGUUACGAGAACGGGGAACUUGCGGUCGUCGCUAUGGGACGAAUGAAUCGUAAUGCAAACAAUAAUAAUAACAAUCAAGAACAACGUGAUGAUUAUCAAAAUUUACGUAUUUAUCAGUAUCCAAAUAAUCGCGUAUAUCAAAAUAGGCCACCUAAUCUGAAUCCGCAUUAUCAAAAUCCCGUUGACUUGGUAAGAAUACACGAACGUAAUCACGGAUCUCAGGAAAAUAUUUAUGAACGAUUAGACAAUGAUGAGGACGAUGACAAUAAUAAUGAUAAUAAUGAAGCAGACCCUAAUGAAAGAGAGGCAGUGGUUGUGAGAAAUGAACCAAAUGAUCAGAACGAACGUGAUCAUAUGUACGAACGCAUCGACAAUCGUCCCUGGCAUCGCGGGGGUGGUUGCGGCAACAACCAUCACCAUCGUGCGCCAAAUAAUUUCCCGGCAUCCUCAGUGUUUUGGAAUGCGAUUGAGAGAAACGCAAAUCGUUAUGAUCCACGCGAUAUUUAUUCUUCUAACAACGCAUACUUAAACCGUCUAAGUUUGUCGCGCAACUGUUUCUCGACAGACAACGUAGCAAUGGCGAGCAACGGCGGCCGUUAUGUUUAUCAUCUGGGUCACAACUGUAUGUGUCAAUUCUGCAUGAGGCUGCCAUUUAUACGCUAUCACAUGUGUCAGCAGUGCAGCAGUAGUUUUCAUGACAGACUGCGAUGUUACGACGAAUCGGGAAAUCCCGCGGGAGCUUCUGGCACCUCGAGAAACUACAUUUAUCAAGUAUCAAGAAGCUGUCGCUGUGCGUACUGUCGCGGUGGGGAUUAUUCGUACUCAAGAUUUCCCAUCAGUGCAGCUAGUCGUCUCGUUGAUUCACUGAGACGUGAUUGUCAUCAUUGUGGUAGAAAUCCUGCGCAGUGUAAUUGCCGAAAUAGAUUAUUAACAACAGCAGCAGCUACUUCGAAUUCGGCUAUUUAUAUUGGUAGGAUUGAUAGAAUUGGAUUUGUACAGACAGUUAAUAACCCGUUGUAUGCCAAUCCAAUGAUUUAUGUCGGUAGAAUUGAUAGAUCACUAGCCAAUCAAGAUACAGGUAAUGAAGAUCCGUCAACUUCGGCUUCUGCUGCUACUGCUGCUGGGGGUGCAUCGGCAAGUGGAAGUGGAAGUGGAGCUGAAGGUAAUGAUAGAAAUUUAAAUCAACCUGGACCAUCAAACCAAGCUAAUGACAAUGGAGAUAAUGCUGCUAACAGACAACAUACAUGUGAUGAUUCUUGUAUUCGGAAUAAUUCAAAUAAUGCUUCGGGUAUUUGUCAAUUUACUAACAGAAAUGAAAGAUCCAAUACCGAGUGCAAUAGCGGCAGAGUUUCUUAUCAUUGGUGGUUUGUCAACAGGUGGUUACCACCUUGGGGAUCGCAAAAUGAUAGAAACUCGGAUACUGGUUCUACUUCCAAUGGUAAUUCUGGUACUAGUACUGCAGGUACUAAUGCCGGUCCAAGUACCAGUGCCGCUGGCUCUGGAGGAACUACCAGUGCUAGUGCUAAUGCUAGUACCAGUAGUGCAAGCGCUUCUCGAGCUGAGGAACCAAGAGAUCCCCAGGGUAGUGACAGUGAUGAACCUUAAAUUGAAAUCUAUUCAAUGCGGUCUGUCGUAAAAAAAGUUUAAUAUCAAACUGGGGAAGUAAAAUGAAUUUUCUUGAAGCAGCUACGGAUAAAUCAUUCCAGUUAUUUUUUUGUAUGAUAUUUUAAGCGGUUGAGGAUUAUGGAAAGGAAUGAAAAGGGCAAAAGGAACAAGAAGAAAUAAGUUUUUCUUCAAUCGGAUAAUCAUUAUUGAAAUCUACGGAAUCAAUUUUCAAAGACAGCUUUCGGGAAUAGGAGCUUUGUGUUAAGAUAAGAAUUAAGAAAUAAAAAAUAUUUUAAUAAUAACAUACAUUAUUCAUUAUUUUUUUAAAAAACAAAAUUUAAAAUAUUACCAGUUAAAUUUAUAAUUAUUUUUCGCUUGAUUACUUUAUCAGUGACAUGAAUUAUAAAUUUAAUUUUAAAUAAAUAAUUAAAUACAAUUUAAUUAUUUAUUAACGUACUACUUUAAAUUUAAAUAAAUGAUUAAAGAUUGAAAUUUAUAAUUGUUUAUUUAUAAAAUUUUAUAGCUUUUAUUCAAAACUACUGUGUAAUUUAAAUUUCCGUACUGAACGAAUUCAGCCGCAGGUUCGCUAAAUUUGUAAUUAAUUAGUCCAUAAUUAAUUAGCUAGUUAAUUAAUAGUGUUUCACUUUAUUGUGAUUCGGAUGAAUUUUUAAAAGUGACACUACUGUAAAAAAUAUGCGGAGUGAACGCAAAUUAAACCCGGAGUAAAUGUGAAGCGGAUUACUGUUUAUUUAUUUACUCCCCUUCGGAGUGAAAUUUACUCCGAAUUGGAGUGAAUGCGGAUUAGAAAUAAAAUCCAGAUCACUCCGGUAAAAAAACAAGUUCCAAAUUUACUCCGUAUGCGGAGUGAUUUUUUUAAAAAAACUCUCUGACUCUGAGUGACUUCGGAUCUAAACAAAAUCUGUAAUCGCUCCCGAUUUUUUACAGUGAAUUGUUUAUCAAAUGCAACUAAUUUUAAAUUAAAAUUAAUUAAAGACUGUCUAAAGUAUAAUUAGGAUAUCAAUAAAUUAAUAUUCAGUUAAGAUAAUAAAUGAUAUCAAUAAUCAUUUAAAAUUAUAAUUAUAAUAAAAAGUAGCAUUUGUACAUAUAGAUAAGAAAUUUAAUUUUAAUAAUUAAUAUCAAUUGACAAUAUCGUUAGUAGUUAUGAUAAUAACUAUAAACCAAUUAAAUAAUUUUCAUUGGAUCCAUUAUGAUCAGUAUUAGAAUUAAAUUAAUUAAAAAAAAAUUAAAUUAAAAUAAUAAAAUAUCUUAAUUGAUUAAUUAAAUAAAUAAUUAUAAGU